UAUUUAUCGUACCGCUGAAUGUUAUAUUGAACACCUCAUAAUAAUUUUGCGAAAAACUAGCACAUUAAUCGUACUUUCGUCAAAGUAGCAAUGUAAAUGUUUGUCAGACGAGUUUUAAAGCCGCUCCGGUAAAUUGUGUAACCUUCACUGACAACCGAACCGGGAAUAGGAUUCAAGAUCACAGAAAGUUUCGGCGAUAUGUUUGCACUGACUAAAGACUUUAGGGUUUACUCAGAAAUGACAGAAGUUCUGCGGAGAAUACACAGCGGCAUCCUAAAAGUGGCGUUGUUCCCUAGCACGUUUGGGAAUAAAGCGCUUCGUCCUGCCGCCUCUGAAGUAUUAACAUGUCACCUCACACAGCGCGCGCUCCCGCCCUGGACUUCGUUCUGCGUGCGCUACCGUGACGUCAUCAAUGACCAGUUCGGUCUGUCCAACUUCAACUGGCAGGUGCAGGGAGCGAACUACCACAUCCUUAGGACUGGUGCUUUCCCUUUCAUCAAAUACCACUGCACCAAAGCCCCUCCACAGAACCUGGAGUUUGAAAAUAUGUUUUUUGGUGCAUUGAAAGUCAUCAAUCUUGGUAUCCCAUGCUUGGCAUAUGGCUUGGGCUCAUGGAUGGUAGUUGGUGUGACAGAGAAAGUUCAGACAUCUGCAGGACCUGUUACCGUUUACUUUGCGUACAAGGAGGUGGAGGGCGCUCAGUUCUAACAUCAGAGACACAAGGAGUAUUUGAAGGACUCGAGUGUCACAGGCCAAUAUUUGUCAUACAGAAUCUCUAAAAAUGUAUGCAAAUGGCCUGGAAUGAACAAAUGCACUUUUGCACAUAUAUGAUAAUAAAAUAAAAUUAUUAAUUUUCAA